GAAUGGAGCGGCGGCGGAGGGCGGAGGGCAGCGCCCGGCGACGGCCCCCCCGGGGCUGAGCCAUGAGAGUCCACCGAGAGCUCGGCUGGCUGGCGGAGGGCAGCGGACGGGCAGGGCGGCGGGCGCGCGGCGCGAUGCUGGAGGCCAUGGAGGUGCCGAGCCACUCGCGGCAGCUGCUGCUGCAGCUGAACACUCAGCGCACGAAGGGUUUCCUGUGCGACGUGAUCAUCGUGGUGCAGAACGCGCUCUUCCGCGCUCACAAGAACAUCCUGGCGGCCAGCAGCGCCUACCUCAAGUCGCUGGUGGUGCACGACAACCUGCUCAACCUGGACCACGAGAUGGUGAGCCCCGGCAUCUUCCGCCUCAUCCUCGAUUUCAUCUACACCGGGCGUUUGGGUGAAUGUGAGCCGGGCGGCGAGCAGAGCUUGGGGGCUGUGCUGGCAGCCGCCAGCUACCUGCAGAUCCCCGGUUUGGUGGCACUGUGCAAGAAGAAGCUGAAGCGCAGCGGGAAGUACUGUCACCUGCGUGGGGGGUACGCGCCCUACAAGCUGGGCCGGGGGCUGCGUGCCGCCACGCCGGUCAUCCAGGCUUGCUAUUCGGGGACGCCGCGACCCGUUGAUCUGCAGCCCGUGGAGCCAGCGGCGCCGCUCAACACGCAGUGUGGGGAGCUCUACGCCUCGGCCUCGCAGGGCACCCCGCUGCACCCCCACGGGCUGUGCCCCCCCGAGCGGCACUGCUCGCCACCGUGCGGCCUCGACCUCUCCAAGAAGAGCCCCACCGGCCCCUCCGCCCAGCUGCUGCCCACCGACCGCCUGCUGCCCGCAGAGCCCCGCGAGCCCUCCUUGCCCCCGCGGCACGACAGCCCCCCGGUGAGUGGGGGGCUCCUGGCCGGCCACCCCGCUGCCUACAAGGACUCGCCACCGGGCGGGGAGCCGGGGGGACACCCCCACGCUACCGACCCGUUCCGCGGCACGCCGCCCUGCACCGAGCCCCCCCUGCCCCGCGGCGAUGGGCGCGAGCUGAUGUACCGCUGGAUGAAGCACGAGCCGCUGGGGCCCUACCUGGACGAAGGGGAGGCGGAGAAGGAGCUGGAGAGGGAGGAAAAAGCCGAAUCGCCGCCCGCCGCCCCACAGCCGCGAUAUCCCAGUGUGGAAAGCAACGACCUGGAGCCCGACAACAGCACGAGUGAGGAGACGGGCAGCAGUGAGGGGCCGUCGCCUGGCGAUGCGUUGGACCGCUACUGCAACCACCUGGGCUACGAGCCCGAGAGCCUGGGCGACAACCUGUACGUCUGCAUCCCCUGCGGGAAGGGCUUCCCCAGCUCCGAGCAGCUCAACGCGCACGUGGAGGCCCACAACGAAGAGGAGCUGUACCACAAAGCGGCGGCCGAGCAGGCCGUGCCCUUCUUGGAUAAGGGAGGUGCAGGGCUGGGGGACAUCCUGCGGCCGUACCGCUGCUCGUCCUGCGACAAGUCCUACAAGGACCCGGCCACGCUGCGGCAGCACGAGAAGACGCACUGGCUGACGCGGCCCUACCCCUGCACCAUCUGCGGGAAGAAGUUCACGCAGCGCGGCACCAUGACCCGCCACAUGCGCAGCCACCUCGGCCUCAAGCCCUUCGCCUGCGACGCCUGCGGGAUGCGCUUCACCCGGCAGUACCGCCUGACCGAGCACAUGCGCAUCCACUCUGGGGAAAAGCCCUAUGAGUGCCAGGUGUGCGGCGGCAAGUUCGCCCAACAGCGCAACCUCAUCAGCCACAUGAAGAUGCACGCGGCUGGCCCCGAUGGCAAAGCCAAGCUGGACUUCCCCGACAGCGUCUACGCAAUGGCGCGGCUCACCGCCGACCAGCUGGGGCUCAAGCAGGAGAAGGCGGCCGAGCUGCUGUCCCACACCUCGCACUUCCUCAGCGACCCCAAGGCCAUGGAGAGCCUCUACCCGUUGGCCAAGUUCACGGCAGAGCACCUGGGGCUGAGCCAGGACAAAGCGGCCGAGGUGUUGGCGCAGGCUCCGCACCUCCACGCCGACGCCGCGCGGACCAUAGAGCGCUACUCGCCCCCGUAGCACCCGCCGGGGGGUGGCCCUGGGGCUCCCCGUGCCUCUCCAGGGCAGGGAUGGAGGUGGCAAGGUGCUCGGCCCCGGAGAACUCACUCGGAGCAGGGGGUCCCAUGA